AUGGUCUCACGAUCCCUAUCAAUUUUUGUAGGUGUUUUGUGUGUGAUCCUCCUCCCGGCUGUAUUUGGUGAGUUUACCUCAUUUUUGAAGGUUUUAAACUAUCUUAAAGUUGAUCUUAAGUCUCAUGCAUGCAGUGAAAAAGAUAAAAAACAGGUUGAUUAUCAAGUCUUGUAUCACACCUUUUAAUCUAACUCCAGUUGGAUAAAUGAAUGUUUACCUGCUAAUCUCAACAGUUCAAUUCAUGACAUGACCCCCUUGUUAUGUUUACAUGUUACAGCUGAUUAUUGCACCGACUAUGUGGACUCAAAUGGAUACUACCAUGACCAGCAGAACUGUGGGAGUUAUUACUGCUGCGGAAACUGCUAUCAAAUGGCCUGCUGCAAAGAUAGGACGUACCGUAUAAGUUCAGAUGAACAAAGACUGUGUGGUGGAGGAGGAGGAGGAGGAGGAGGAGGGUGGGUUCUUGUUUUACACCUUAAUUUCAAUAUUCAUUAUGCAGUGAGAGAAAAGUUGGAGAUAUUUUGGGUGUAUUUCAAGGAAAAUAAUCCAUUUGUUUUGUGGUUGUCUUCCACAGUUCUAACAGCAAAAAAAGCAAACUUGCCACUCUUCUGGGAAGCAUCCUAGGGUCUAUAUUACCCGUCCUGCUCUGUGUGGGCCUCGCCAUCUGCUGUUUGGCUCCUUGCUGCUUUCUCUACAAGAAGUGCAGAAAAGGACGCGGUCGAGGUAUGUCACUGCUUCUGUUUCAUUGUGCUAGUUAGGCGCAUCUAGAGCUUUAGUUUUUCAAGGAGAGGUGAAGUUGGAAUUAACUUUGUCAUUUUAGGUCCAGGGUUUUUCAAUUUUCUAUCAAGACUUGGUUAAGUGGAUACACACCACUCAGGCUGGCAUUGCUGGGCUGGUUCAUAUAUGCAUGCUUGAAGUAAUCGCAGCAACUACAUAGGAUUUGCUACGGUCACUAAAAUGCUAAAAUGGCUAAAUGGCUUGUUUAUACAUCAAGUUCAUAUGGCAUCUAUUUCAAAAAGGAUGGUUUUUAAUCAUUGUUAGAUAAAUUAAGUAAUGUGGAAUAGGUUUAAUACUAAAGCCAGCAAGGAUUUGGAAAUUUCCAAGUCAGCAGCAACCAUCUUUGUUCUUUGUCAACCAAAUGGUUCAACGACUGGAGGGAUAUCCGUCUGAUCAGAGGGGAAACAGAAACAUGAAGGGUCAUCUUGUUUUCAGGUUACUGUCAUUUCUGUUCCACUAAGCAGAUUUGAACAUUUUUGCUGGGUGUUGUUUUGACCUGGCGUAGUGUAAACAUUGGAAACCAGAACUUCUAGUGCCCUCUUAAUACAUCUCAUAUCCAUGUUAGAGUAUAAGGGUCAGGAGCAAUUUCUUUUUUCUAUUUUGCAUUUCAGGAAAAAAAGUCAAAUCACUGCAAAUAACAUUAAAAAAAAGUUAAGAUGUUGAGAAAUGCAAUUUCACAAAUAAAGUCAUCAGUAGGUGUCACAUGACUAUAUAAAACUGAGUCUUAGUUGCAGUGCACCUUGAUUGGUUAACUCUUUUAUUCCCCGACACUUUGUGUUAUAUGACUUGUAAAUAAAACACUAAUGCACGGUAAAGAUAUAAAGAUGCAACAUGUCAUGUGCUUAUCCCCUCAGUCUGUCAUCCAACACUGUUGAGGCUUAAAUCAACUCAAAAUGUGAACUCAGAUCACUCACUAACACAUUAAACAAAAGUUGACAGGUUUAAGUUUCCCUGUUUUGCUCAUCUUUGUUACCUGAACAGCUGGCACAGAUGUAACUGGUUUCAAACAUUACAUAACAGUGAAUGAUGCUCCAAUAACAAGUAAAAUUUUAUGGCCAAACUUCAGAUUCAUGUGAACUUCAAGAAGUUUUCUGUCAGGCUUUAAAGAGUUGAACUGAAAGGUUGAAUUUCAGUCAUCUCUUCUUCUAGUUGGACUGAGCUAACCUUUAUCUUCUGUUUGUGUUUUUAUUUUUUAAUAGCUGUGAUAAAAGUGAUCAUGAACAGAGAACAAGGUGGAUAUUUAUAUAUCGCUACCUGUCACUGCUGCAAAGUCAUGCCUUAAAUAGAGUUUGCAAUAACUUUUAUUUUUAUUUUAUUAUGAACUGGGUUAGAAAGUAUCAAAAUCAUUAUCAUAAAUAGUUAGAAUAAGUUUAAAAGUGGGUUCAAAGAUGAGGGAAAUGGUUAUGUUAACUGAGGUAACAAAAAAAAAGACAAGAAGGGUCAAAGGUUAUAGCUGACCUAAUAAUCUGACCUCUUUCUGCAACCUGUUGAUUCACCUCUUACUUGUCUUGAGAGAAAAUAUUAUUCUUGUACAGUAAGGGUGUCGCCCCCUGCUGGUUAAAAGAAAGAAUGCCGGAUUGAAUUCCUUUUUAUUCUUUGAGGGGGAAACCACAGGCAGUAGAUUCAUCCAAUAAAUUGUGUAUGGUCAAAAAUCUGUCCUGACUGCUUCCUUCUUUUGUUUCACAACAAACUCUGUGAUCUGUGUUUUUUCAGGCCCUGCUGUGAUCCAUGUCCCGCAGCAGCCACACCAUCCUGGACAACCAUCCGGCCCAGGCUACAACCCUGUACCUGUUCAGCCUGGUUUUGGAGGUGGUCCCUCUGGACCGCCUCCUUACUUUGAUGGCAGUGAGUACUUUUCUAAUAUUUAUCAAUCUAAAAACCUUUUAAAUUUCCUACAUACAAUACUAAUAAACUUUCCAAAUCAAUAAUUGUCUGUGGUAAAACAUUCUCCAGUUAUCUCCUCACAACAGCGAUUCUUGGUGGUUCGAUACAUGUUAAAAAUUAAAGACUGUACAGGAGUGAGUAACUUUUUAAGGAGUAGAUUGUGAUGGAUAGAUGACCUGGACAGAGCAUCUCUGUGUGGAGUGUUCAGCCUGCCGUGGAAAGUGCUAAAAACGGCCCCAAGGUGGAAAACCGGUGAACCAGUGGCGGGGUCAAGCACCACAAAAACUUAGAUUUAGCUAAAUAUAUUUGUACAUUUCAUUUUAAGGUAUUCGAAGCUAAAAAUAAGGACUUUAAUGAGUGUAACAAGCUACCAAUAAAGCCAUGAAGCAUAUUUAUGAUAAGGUUUUAGAAACAAGAUGCGAUACUUAUUGAAACAACUGUAUCAAGAAAUUAUGUCAAAAUAUAGACAGCUCAUCUCUCCAACAAAAUAACUCUGACAUUUAGAGCUCUUCUUUGUCUUGGAUCAGUAUGAAACCCUUCAAAUCCAUCAGAAUAAGAAUUUGAUUUAUGGUUUGAUGUCAAAAACAACAUUUAGAGCUUUUCUUUGUCUUGGAUCAGUAUGAAACCCUUCAUAUCCAUCCAAGACUUACAUCUGUGUCAGAAAAUAACUGGUUAUUUGACUAAAAGUCCAAAAAUGCAUCUUACAGGAGAUGACAGAUUUUAUUACCAGUUUAUUUUAACAGUAAUAUGUUUGGCCAGAUUCUGACUAAGAUCAGAGAAUCAAGUGAGUGCAACACAAAACUGAGGACAGUUUUGUCUUCGCCUACACUGAAAAUAACAAAAAUCAACCCUGCAUCAUCGCUCAUGUUAUUAUUCAGUCCAAAAGAAAUGCAACGUGUUACUUUUUUUCAAUCUGCAAAAAAAAAGCUAUGCACUGUCACUUUGCUGUGAUUAUUCACCAUCUAUAUCUUUUCGUUUCUUCGACAGAUCCAGGCGCCUUCUCUCCUGGUCAGCCAAUGUACCCUCUACCGAACCCACAGCCGCCCUACAACCCAGCUUAUAACCCAAACCACUAA